AAAGCCAAUUAGCAAUACAUUAAAAUGUAUCUUUAAAUACAUAUUUGAGGGGCAGACAUUUAGAUUUGAAGGGGGUUAUUUGGAUUUUGAAGCUAAAAAUCUCAUUAUUUUAAUACAGGUCAGCAUCCUAAUUCAGAUACAACUGGGCCAGAGUAAAGGUGAUGGAUGAUUUAAGAUUGGAAUUGGAAAUAGCAAUGUUUCUCUUGUUCCCCUGAGAAUAGAUCGUGGAGGACUUAUGACAGUAAAUGAGAUGACAACAGAAUGCAUACUGUAGUACAGCUAUCUGAAAAGCACAUGCCACACAACACAGCCCCAGACCCUCCUUCAGCUGCUUCCUGCUGGGUUCGGUUUCAUCUGUUUGGAUACAUGCCAUGUGACUACUUAAGGGCCUUUUCAACACCAUGUUGCCUACUGAUGUAACUGGUUUUGAGGAACGCAGGUAGGAUAGUGCUGGAAAGCAAAGAAGAGCAAACAUUUGCCAAAGCCAGCCCUGCUUGCUGAUAACCUCGGUUUCCUCCGAGUAAAAUAAAGGAAAAAAAUCAUGAAGUGGCCCAGCUUUUGUAGUGCUUAUUUACAUGGGCCCUAGGGUUACCUCCAGGAAUGGUGUUGCUGUGGUACAAACUUCAAAUUAUGAAAUUUGUUUUUGAACAACACCAAUUUCACUAAAAAUAGCUAAGCCGUAGGCAGAUGGCCUAUUCGGAAAGAACAUUUUCUAUACCUUUUGGUUACAAUUUAUGAGCAACCGUUUUGGAAGUGGUUAUCAGUAAGUUAAGGUUAUUUGAGACCUGCUGGGAGACUGUUAAGAAUUAUCCUGGUUCAGCAAACACAUAGGAAGGGAUUCUGAAAACAAGGGGCUCAGGCUAAAGCCGGUUGGGCUUAUAAAACCCUCGGAGUAUUUAUUACUGUUACUUUCAUAACCCUCUUCAUCGGAGUCCUGACUGCUUUCCUCAUACCCCACCUCCAAUCCGAGGCUGGGGAACAAUUCCGCUUCCAGCGCAAAGAAGAGGAGGCUGCGGGUCCCAGGUGACCCAUGCAGAGCCCGCAACUUUCGCGAGCCAAAGGUUUUGGCCUAGAUGGUGCCCUCCCUGCCCGGCCGCUUGCAAGACUUCCAAGCACAGAAACGACAGGGCUGAGGCAGAGCCGGGUGGAGACCUUGGAAUACAUACACCGCGUGCCUGGACUCUGAGAUUGUCCCAAACCUCAACUCCAGCGUCAGCUCGAAAGGCUUAAGUAGGCAUGAGCGAUUUCAGCGAAGACUUGCGAGGGCCCACGGCCGAGGACGACCCGGGGGCAAGGGGGGUUCGCUCCGGCUCGGGGAUGUGUUUUCCGUGGCUCCAGAAGCACAUAGAAGGCGUGGUGACCAGGGGGAAGAAGGAAAAGCAUUUUGCCCAGACCACAAGUGCUUGUUUAAGCUUCAUCCAGGAAGCUCUGCUCAAACACCAAUGGCAGCGAGCGGCAGAGUUCAUGCACAGUUAUUUCCAGAUCUUGGAGGAUUCGGAUAGCAACAAAAGGCAGGCUGCGCCCGAGAUUAUUUGGAAGCUUGGAAGUGAAAUUCUCUUUUAUCAUCCCAAAAGCAGCGUGGAGACUUUUAACACCUUUGCCGACAGGAUGAAAAAUAUUGGUGUCAUGAAUUACUUAACGAUCUCCUUACAACAUGCGUUAUACCUUCUGCAUCAUGGGAUGCUUGAUGACGCCAACAGAAAUCUCAGCCAGGCAGAGACGUGGAGAUAUGGUGAAAAGUCAUCUUCCCAGGAGGUGUUAAUCAACCUGAUUCAGGCCUAUAAGGGGCUUUUGCAAUAUUAUACUUGGUCUAAAAAGAAGAUGGAAUUGUCCAAGCUUGACGAGGAUGAUUAUGCUUACAACACGGCGUCUCAGAGCAUGCGCAGCCACAGCUGGAAGACGUCCAUCAACUUCUCUGCACUGAUCCAGGUUCCUGGCGUUUGGGACCCUUUCGUGAAGAGUUAUGUAGAGGUGCUGGAAUUCUAUGGGGAUCAAGAUGGAGCCCGAGAGGUUCUCACUAAUUAUGCCUAUGAUGAAAAGUUCCCAUCCAACCCGAAUGCGCACGUCUACUUAUACCACUUCCUAAAGAGAGAGAAGGCCCCGAGAGAGAAGCUGAUCAGUGUGCUUAAGAUUUUGUAUCAGAUUGUACCAUCUCACAAACUGAUGCUAGAAUUCCAUAGAUUACUGAGAAAAUCAGACAAAGAAGAGCACCAUAAACUGGGGCUGGAGGUACUAUUCGGUAUCUUAGAUUUUUCUGGAUGCACUAAAAAUAUAACUGCUUGGCAAUAUUUGGCAAAGUAUCUCAGACAGACCUUAAUGGGAAAUCACCUUGCCUGGGUUCAAGAAGAGUGGAAUUCCAGGAAGAACUGGUGGCCAGGCUUUCACUUCAGCUACUUUUGGGCAAAAAGUGAUUGGAAGGAAGAUAAAGCUUUGGCUUAUGAGAAAGUUUUCGUAGCUGGAAUUUUGUUAGGAAAAGGUUGUAGAUAUUUUCGGUAUAUUUCAAAACAAGAUCAUCAAGCCUUAAGGAAGAAAUUUAAGCAGAUAAAGAAGUUAGUGAAAAAAUACAGUGUUGUAAACCCCGGACUCUGACAUUGAACUUGAGUUAUUUCGGAUUGGUAGCUACAGUGUAGUAGCUCAAUAGGUAAUUAUUGAAUGUAUUUAUUUAUUUGUUUUAAGAAGGUAGUUUCAUAUGGCUACAAAAAUGUUAUUUUUAUAUUUUCUUUUAUUCUUAGUGAUAGCUGGAGAAACACCUUUGCUCUUUGUAAAUAAGUAUUUUUUCUUUUUGUACUGUUAAAUAUAACAUUUAUUAAGGAUAACCUUCAAAUAAAACAUAUAUUUGUGUAACCAGAGGAUAUACCUCUUCA